AUGAUGGCCACCGGAAUCUCCACAAAUUAUAAAUUCAUCGAUAUUAAUUUAGGUGUAUUCGGCUGUCUUGUGUAUUUGGACAUCGAUCUUGAUCCCAUCUCAAUGACAACUCUACUUAUGGCUAUUGGAUUCUCAGUGGACUUUGUUGCUCACAUCACUUGGCACUAUUACAAAGGCGAUUUUCCGAACAAGCGGGAACGUAUUCGCCACGCUUUGGCUUCCAUCGCUUGGCCAAUGUUCCAGUCAGGCACGUCCACUAUGAUUUCCAUUGUUGUGCUUACUGCAGUUCACGCCUACAUGGUGAAAGUAUUUGUUAAGGUAGUGGUGCUCGUCGUCUUCCUUGGUAUGUGCCACGGUCUUAUCGUAUUACCUGUAGUAUUCGCAGCUCUUCCUUUCAACAAAGCUCCUAUGACAACAAUUCCGAAGGAAAAGGCACAUUCGUUGUCUAUAGUUGAUGGUAAACAUUGCGGCUUACGACUAGCUGGCCAGGCGUAA